AAAUCAAGAGGCUGUGCUCCGUGGCUUGUGAGUAGGUACCUUAAGUCUUUCUCGGUUCGCGCCGUCUUCGCGGGCCUGUGGAACGUUCAUGCUUGUACAAAGCUGCAAUAAAGCAACUACCCCACCAACCCACGUCGAACAACCCCGCGCUGCAAAUACAUAGUUCUUUGACAGCGGCCAACACGAUACUCCCCUAGCUAUCGAACUACGAAACACCACCUGUUUCCCUACAUCUCCGUUGACUACUAGGGAAUGGCAGACGUAGAGCAGGCGGAAGCCCCCAGCGAGCCCCAGAGUCGCCAUGUGAUCUACUGCGGCGUAUGCACUUUACCACCAGAGUACUGCGAAUAUGGCGGCACCGUUAAGAAAUGCCAGGACUGGCUACAGAAGGCCUACCCGUCUUUAUACGAGCAGAUAUGGUCUCCCGAAGCCUUAGAAGCCGCCACCGCCUCCCUAUCCGUCGAAGCCCAAAAACGAGCCGCAAAGGACGCCCAAAAGAAGGCCGCUCAGGCAGAAAAAGCGGAGCAGAAACAGGCAGACAAGAUCGCCAACAGCGUUGUAACCAUCAAGCGCGUCGAGCGAAACAAGCGCAAAUACGUAACUGCCGUAUCCGGCCUCGAGGCAUUUGGAUUGGACCUGAAGAAAGUUGCCAAAGAGUUCGGUAAGAAAUUUGCCACUGGCUCUUCGGUGACCAAGGUACCAAGCGGUGGAGAAGAGAUUGUAGUCCAGGGCGAUGUGAGUGACGAGAUCGAGGAGUUCCUGCUAGAGAAGUAUAAAGAUAUACCGGAGGACAACAUCGAGUUAAUAGAUGACAAGAAGAAGAAAGGCGCCAGUGCUGCCGGUUGAGCGUGUUAUGUCACGAAGGAAUCACAUGAACCCUAACAUAGCAGAUUAGGGGAGACAGGAGGACACAAUCCAUGAAGUAGGAAAAAACAACACAAGGAUUUUCAUUGUGACCUGA